GGCCAAGGGAGUUUCAUUUCCGGUAAAAGCCAACAUCGCGGGUAGUGGGCUGUGCGCGAAGCGUUUGCUGCUGCUGGGUGGCUCCGUGGCCUCGGUCCGGGCAAGCCAGGCAUGAAGAUCACGAGGCAGAAACACGCCAAGAAGCAUCUCGGCUUCUUCCGCAACAAUUUCGGGGUCCGCGAGCCGUACCAGAUCCUGCUGGACGGUACCUUCUGUCAGGCGGCGCUGCGGGGCCGCAUCCAGCUGCGGGAGCAGCUGCCCCGCUACCUCAUGGCGGAGACACAGCUGUGCACCACCAGGUGUGUGUUAAAAGAGUUAGAAACACUGGGAAAGGACUUAUAUGGGGCAAAACUGAUUGCACAAAAAUGCCAGGUUCGAAAUUGCUCCCAUUUCAAGAAUGCAGUGAAUGGAUCAGACUGUCUGCUUUCUAUGGUUGAAGAUGGAAAUCCUCAUCAUUAUUUUGUGGCAUCACAGGAUCAGAAUUUGUCUAUGAAAGUAAAGAAAAAGCCCGGAGUUCCUCUUAUGUUUAUUAUUCAGAACACUAUAGUCUUGGACAAACCUUCUCCCAAAACAGUUGCCUUUGUUAAAGCAGUAGAGUCAGGUCAGCUUGUCUCAGUUCAUGAGAAACAAAGUAUCAAGCAACUCAAAGAGGAACAGGGUUUAGUGAAAAACCCUGAACAAAGAAGAAAGAAGCGCAAAAAAGUAAGUGGCCCCAAUCCUCUUAGCUGUUUAAAGAAAAAGAAAAAAACACAAGACACAAAACCAUCUGCCUCUGAAAAGAAAAGAAAAAGAAAAAGAAUCCGGAACAGAUCAACCUCAAAAGUCAUUUCUGAAAAGCAGAAUACAGAAGGAUAAGAAAUCCUUUGGAUACUUUGAAAGACAUUCAAAUGUGAAAAGUAAAUUUCUUUUUAAAACUGUGGAAAUACUUCAGAUAAAAAACUAAAUUUAUUUUUGUACUGAAUAUUGACCUAUAAGAUUUUGCCUAAAAUUAUUUGUAAAUAAAAAGACACAAACAAAACAG